AUGGGAUUGCUGACUUGGAGUCCUCUUUAUUUAUUACUAGAUCUACGCCAAUGCCUAAUCUACGACUCCGGUGGUAAAGACGCGCGCCUCAUCGGGGUCGAAUACAUGAUCCCCAAGCAGGUCUACGAAACCCUCGAUGUCGACGAGCAGAAGCUAUGGCACAGUCAUGAGUUUGAGGUGUCAUCGGGCAUGCUUGCCCUACCUAAACCGGGCACACAUAACCACGACGAUUGGGACGAGCUGGAAACCGAGGCGAUGAAGGAAGUAGCCGGUCUGUAUGGCAAGACCUGGCACUUCUGGCAGGUCGACCGCGGCGACGAGUUGCCCCUGGGUUGUCCCACGCUCAUGGGCUCGCUGACAUCCAAAGAGCAGAUGCCAAAUCUAGCGGAAAUGCUUGCGCCGCGGAAUGAGACGUGGAGCAUUGACCAUGAACACAAGGCUCGAAUCCGUAAGAGCGCGGGUGUGUCGGGCCCUGGUAUCCAUGAAAACGCCGACUCGUGGUGGAGAGAGGCUGAUGGCAAGGCCAACAGAUAUCUUGAGAUCUGCCGGUUCGGGGUCGUUUUCGGCGCCGCCCUCACGGCAUCUCGAGUUUACCACCCUUCAGUCAUUAUCAAUCAGUUGCGCCUGGCCGAUUUUCACAUGCUCGAGGUCUUCCUGACCGCGGGCGCCACCGGCGCGUUUGUCAUGCUUACCUUCGAAGCACUUGACAUCGCAAAACGCAGUAGUCGAUCGAACUCGACACUUAACUGGUUUUCCGCCUACGAUGGCAACAUUGUUGGAGGUGCCCUUGUUGGCGUGGGGAUGAGCCUUACUGGUGCCUGUCCGGGUACUGUCAUUGUCCAACUUGCCCAAGGUAUCCCUUCGAGCGGAGCCACCGGCUCGGUGCACUCUUAG